AUGAGUGCCACCGAAUCAGUUAAUUAUUAUAAUUAUUGCUACACGAUAUAUAAUGGUAAUAUUAAUGAAAGAAGAUAUCAGGGUACUUAUAUGCUUUCCGCAUUUCUUAUAAAUGUAUCAAUUAUUGGAAAUUAUGCUUUCAAUAGUUCUAUUUACUUAAGAAACGUUACCAUUCAAAAUUCUCUAAGGAUUGUUAACUCUGGCGCAUUUUAUAAUUGUUCGCGACUUGAUAAUAUAACUUUUCCAAAUACUGUAAUUUCGAUUGGUAAGGAUGCAUUCUCUCAAUGUAUAUCAUUAAAAUCGAUUUUUAUUAACUCUCCCUUGCGCGAACUUGGUGAAAACUGCUUUUAUAACUGUUCGAGCUUGGAAUCCUACCCUUUUAACCCUGAACUCACUUAUAUUCCUGAUUAUUGUUUCUGGAACUGCACGAAACUUCAAAGCCCGGCGUUUUGUAGCACACUUUCCCGAAUCGGAAAUUAUGCGUUUUACAAUAACACAUUUACAAAGUGCUUAUUAGCAAAUACGCGUGUAACAACGAUUGGAAAUUCUUGUUUCGAAAACUGUUCCUUGAUUGAUGAAAUCACAUUUCCAGAUUCUCUAACAAAGGUCGGGAAUAGUGCUUUUGCAAAUAACUCAGCUGUAACACAACUGAUACUACCACCGUAUUUGACUUACAUUGGUAAUUAUGGGUUUUAUAAUUUUACGAAAUUACCAAAUUGCACUUUGCCGCAGGGUUUUGAGCAUAUUGGUGACUCGGCGUUUGCAAGAGAUAACUACUACUACUCUUCUCCUAUUCAAUUCACCUAUAUAAACUUCCCAAAUACAAUUAAAUAUUUUGGAAGUUAUGCAUUUGCUUUUUGCCCACUUCAUGAUGUUGUCAUACCUCAUCCUAUUACGACACUAGAUCCAUAUGCAUUUGCCUACUGUGGACUAAUCAAUAUUUCUAUGCCACCUGUUUUGAUCAAUAUUAAGAAUGGUGUUUUCUAUCAUAGUUCGUUAAACUACAUCACUUUGAAUGAGGGAUUGUCAAGAAUUUGCCCUAAAACUUUUGAAUAUAGUAAUUUAUGGAAAAUUGUAAUACCAAGUACACUCACUUCAGUUGGAGCAUUUGCUUUUGGCCAUACUCCCCUUAGAAACAUGUCUCUUCCUGAUGGAUUUAGAGAAGUUGAAGAUUUUGGAUUUGCUGAUUCAAACUUAGAAUAUUGUUGCAUUUCAAAUAUAACAGUCUUAGGAAAAUAUUCAUUUGCCAAUGCAUUUUUAGAAACAUUUAAUGUUCCUGAGCCAAUCAAAACUAUCAAAUCAUAUGCAUUUGCUAGUAGCCGUUUGGUUUUUGUUACUUUUCCUGAUACAAUUGAGUCGUUUGGUGAUUAUGCCUUUAUUAAUUCAGAUAUUUGUAAAAUCUUUUUCCCAAACAAACCGCUUGAAUUCGGAUACAAAUGCUUUAAUGGUUCUCGUAUCAAUCACAUUGAUCUUCCUGAAAAACAAACAACAUUGGCUGGAUAUAUGUUUGGAUGCUCAGAUAUCAAGCACAUAACAAUUCCUGAUACUAUAACUUCUUUCCCUGAAGGAUUAUUCAAUGGGUCGAGAAUCAAGAAUAUCAAAAUUCCUUCAAAAAUUACAUCUUUGAGUAGGUUUUGCUUUGCAUAUACAAAAGUUCGAAAUAUUACUUUCCCUAAUCCAUUUUAUUCCUUUGAAGAUUACUGUUUUUCUCAUUCUACAUUUAAAUAUAUCAAGCUUCCAGAUACUCUCCGCUCCUUUGGAUCUAAUUGCUUUGAGUACUCCAAAGUCGAGAAAUUCGAUUUUCCUGCCUCAUUCAACUCAUUCGGAAGAUAUUGUUUUCAAUUUUCAGAAUUUGAAGAAAUAACUCUUCCAAAAGGAGUUUCCACAAUUAGUGAUUAUGCUUUCUACUAUUCAAAGUUGAAAAGGAUCAAUGUUCCGUCAACAAUUACUAGUGUUGGUGAACGUGCAUUUUAUGGCAGCCAACUUGAAACAUUUGACAUGAACAAUAAAACAUCGUUCGGAUCCCGUCCAUUUGGAAAUAUCCCAAUGAAAAAUCCUCUCCUUCCAGAAGGAAAAACAACAAUAUACUCAUAUGAAUAUGGUGAUACAAUAUUAGAAUCAAUCAAUAUUCCAAGUACAAUUCGAACAAUUUCCAGGGACGCAUUUAAUAAUUGUACAUUACCUGAGAUACAAUUAAAUGAAGGCCUGAUAAGUCUCGACAGUGAUGCUUUUGAGAACUCAAACAUUUCAAUUAUCAGAUUUUCUAAUACGAUUACUAGCAUUGGUAGUUGGUGUUUUGAAUAUGCUCGAUCUAAUGAUAUCUAUAUGUCAAAUAAACUAAAUUACAUAGGAUAUCGUGCCUUCUAUUCUGCCACAAUUGGAACAAUUCAUUUCUUUGACUCUUUAAGAGAAGUUUCUUAUGAGGUAUUUCAGAGUUGUAAAUUGUCUAACAUGACAUUACCAAAUACACUUAGAAGCAUUGGCUACAGAUGUUUCUAUUCCUGUACACUUAGGUCAAUAAAUAUUCCUGAAGGAGUUACAAAAAUUCCCUAUGAAUGCUUCCUUGAGAGUAAGAUUGAAUCAAUCACUCUUCCAAAUUCAUUAACAACUAUUGAAUAUAGUGCAUUUAUGAGUUCUCGUAUUUAUGGCAUUGUUUUGCCUCGCAAUGUAAAUAGUAUCGGAUAUCAAUGUUUUUAUAAUACCCCUAUAGAAGAAAUAAUCAUCCCCGAUCCUGUAACUAUCUUGGAUACAAACACAUUUACAUACAGUAACUUAACCCAUAUUACACUUUCAAAUAACUUGCAAACAAUAGAAAAAGAAUGCUUCAAAAACUCUAAAUUAGAAAACCUUGAGCUUCCAAGCUCUCUUCUUAGAGUUGGCAAGUAUGUCUUUCAAAAUACUCCUCUUACUAGAUUGGUUUUCAAAGAAAAAUUCCAACAAUUAGAUACUUAUGCACUUGCAAGUAGUAACAUUGCAUACGUUGAAUUCCAGUCACUCGUAACUGUACAAUCUAGAGCUUUUGAAGGAAAUAAGGUCUCUAGAUUAGUAAUUCCCGAAGGAUUGGAAAGGAUUUACAGUGAAUCAUUCCAAAACUGUAAAAUCGAAUAUUUUGAAUUUCCAAGUACAUUGAAUACAAUUGAUGGUUAUUCAUUUCAAUACUGUCCAUGUAAAGAAAUGGUCUUCAAGGAUGGUUUGAAACGAAUUGAAAGCUAUGCCUUCUUUUAUUCAAAAUUGGAAUCAUUAACUCUUCCAAGUACAUUAGAGUUCAUAAGUGAAUAUGCUUUUUAUAAUUGCCGAAUUUCCAACAUCAUCAUGCCAGAAAAUGCCCCAAUAGAAACAAUCGGAAUGUAUGCAUUCAGUUGGAUCAAAGUCCCAUAUUUGAGAAUUCCAUUUGGAUCAAAAGUGAUUGAAGAAUUCGCAUUCAAAGGAACAUGUAUUAAUGAACUUAAGAUUCCGAAUACGAUUCAAAAAAUUGGUAAAUUUGCAUUCUCUGGAUUACUUGCAAACUCAGUUGAAUUUGAAGAAGGUUUCUCUAAGAUUGAUGAGUUUGCUUUUGCAUUAUCACAUGUUCCAAACUUCAAAUUCCCUGUUUCAUUGAGAUAUUUCGAUCAAUAUGCCUUCCUGUCAACUGAUAUUACUAAUUUGUUUGUAUGGAAUCAUACGCAGAUUCUCAAUCAUACAUUUGAAUAUUGCACCGACUUGGUCAAUUUGACAAUUCAGCCUGAUUCCCGUUUUUAUGGUGAGUCAUUCACCUUCUGUUCUCAAAUGAGAAAUAUCACAACAUAUGGUGAAUUCAUCGCAGAAGAUAACUCAUUCCAUAAUGUCACAAAUGCGACUGUAUUCCAUUUUGGUUUGUAUGACAUAAGAAACCCAUUAACACGAGAAAACUUCCGUAGUGUCCCAGGAAUUGUAAAAGUUAUAUGUUGUUACAGGUCUCCAAAGUUUGUCAAACAUAGACCUCAAAACAUGACAACAUGCGAUGGUAUAUUCAAUUGUUUUUCAUAUAAUAAGGCAUCAAGUUCAAUCAAAUACUCAGCACUUGCAGCAAUGUAUUUCUCAAGAACCGAUGAUGACUAA